AUGCUCGCCGCGCACGCCUCGCCCGUGUACGACACGCUCUCGGCGGUGCUGCCGCGUGUGCUGCCCGCGUUCCUCGGGCGCAAUGAGGCGCUGGUGCGCUGGAUUCCCGGGCAGACUCCCUGGAGCACUGCGCCCGCCGUCGCCGCUACGGGCGCUAUCUACCUCACCGUCAUCCACGGCGGCCGGGCGCUGCAGAAGCGCUUCGGCCUCAAGCCGCUGCAGAUCAAGGGCAUCUUUGUGGCGCACAACAUCAUGCUCAGUCUCAUGUCCGGCCUGCUGCUCGCUGCGUUCCUGGAGGAGAUCAUCCCCAUCUGGUCGCAGCAUGGCUUCUACCACGCCAUCUGUGCGCGCGAGAGCUGGACGCCGACGAUGGAGACGCUCUACAUUAUCAACUACAUGAUGAAGUACCUCGAGCUCAUCGACACCGUCUUCAUGAUGCUCAAGGGCAAGCCGAUGCCGUUCCUGCACGUGUACCACCACUCGGCCACCGCGCUGCUGUGCUUCUCGCAGCUGCUGGGCAAGACGAGUGUCAGCUGGGUGGUCAUUACGCUCAACCUCUUCGUGCACCUCAUCAUGUACGCCUACUACGCGCUGACGACGCUGCGCAUCCCUUGCCCCUGGAAGCGCGCUGUGACGACGAUGCAGAUCGUGCAGUUCAUCCUCGAUCUCUCCAUCGUCUACUUCGCCACGUGGGAGUUCUUCACGACGUACUUCAACUCCUCGCUGCCGCAGUGGGGCCACUGCCCCGCCGCCGUGCCGCACGCCGCCAUCUCCGGCGUCAUCAUCCUCUCGUCGUACCUGCUGCUCUUCAUCUCCUUCUACGCGCGCACGUACAACAAGCCCGCCAAGCGUGCGGCGGCGCGCGUCGCCGAGAAGCAGCCGCUGCUGGCGGAGAAGUCACAGGGCAGCGCCACGGGACACCUUCGUCCCCCGCACGCCGACCACGACGCUCGCAAGCGGCCGACGACGCCGCAGCUCGAGCACGCCAUCUAG